AAUUACGUAAUAUUGCUGGCUGCAGCAAUAGCUCUGUCCAAGUUAUAAAGGCGGACGCUUCGAAGAAACAUUUGAACUCUUCCUCUCCGUGCAGAAACGAGCAGUGUGUCGCAGUUAGCACGAAGAACGACCACCAUGAAGUUCCGUGCGAGGCAAACUUUCGUUUUUCUAGCGUCUGUUUUAUUUCUCCGAGUGGCUGCAGACCUACAUGCACCUGAAGUCCACACAAAGCUGGGCAGCCUGAGGGGUGAGUAUGUGAGCGUAAAGGGGAAGGAGACUGGGGUCCACGCCUACCUGGGUGUUCCAUUUGCCAAGCCACCUGUAGGCCCUGCUCUGAGACUGGCUGCACCUCAGCCUGUAGAGGGAUGGGAAGGAGUGAGGGACGCCACCAAGCAGCCGCUCAUGUGUGUUCAACAUAAACAGUUUACCAUAGAUCUGCUUGAUAAACUCGAUGACAUGUUGGCAGAAAUCCCAGACAUUUCAGAAGACUGCCUUUACCUCAACAUUUAUACUCCAGCAAACAGAGCUCCCAAUGCCAAACUACCAGUUAUGGUCUGGAUCCAUGGUGGAGGGUUUGCUAUAGGGUCAGCUUCAAUGUAUGAUGGCUCUGCCCUGGCUGCAUACCAGGAUGUUGUUGUGGUUCUGAUCCAGUACCGCUUGGGACUUCUUGGCUUUCUCAGCACCGCAGAUGAACACAUGCCCGGGAACUUUGGUCUGCUGGACCAGGUACAAGCUCUGAGGUGGACCCAGGAGCACAUUCACAACUUUGGAGGAGACCCAGAUUUAGUUACCAUAUUUGGGGAGUCUGCUGGUGGAGUGAGUGUAUCCCUUCUGCUUCUCUCUCCAUUGUCUGAUGGCCUGUUUCACCAUGCCAUUGCUGAGAGUGGCACUGCUGCAAUGGAUAUGCUCACUACAAAUGAUCCUCUACCGGUCACGCAGAUGGUAGCAAAUAUGUCUGGCUGUAGCCUGGAAAGCACAGAGAAGAUCGCCGAUUGCAUGAGAGACCUCGAUAUUAAUACUAUUGUUGCUUUUGGGCAGGAUGAAAGAUUGAGAUUUACCAUAAAUGUUGAUGGACACUUCCUGAGAAAAUCUGUGGAUGAGCUGUUCCAUAAGCAUGAACUUCUCACCAUGCCAUUUAUGACUGGCGUUAAUAGUGAUGAAGGGGGCUGGUUACUUGCUGGUAUCUUUGCUCCUCCAAACUGGACAGAGGGAAUGGAUCGGGAGCAGAUUGUGAACGCUAUUUCCAUGUUCUACCCUGAUCCCAAAGAUGCGGUCUUUAGAGAUUUGAUAGUGGAUGAAUAUACCGGAACCGGUGAAGAUCGUGUGAAAAAUAGAAAAGGGUUCACUGAGUUGAUUGGAGAUAUAUUGUUCAACAUUCCAGCCAUUAAGACUGCUAAUGUCCACACAGAUGCAGGCGCCCCUGUGUACCUGUAUGAAUACCAUCAUCCUCCCACAUUCAUCCAGGCAAAAAGGCCAAGUUUUGUUGGGAGUGACCAUGGAGAUGAAAUCUUUACUGUAUUUGGAAUCUGCUUCACAACUUCCCAUGUCAAAUUAGCCAGUGCAUGUCCUGAAGAGGAGGAGCAGUUGAGCAGAGUCGUUAUGAGCUACUGGGGCAACUUCGCUCACACAGGGUCUCCUAAUGGGAACGGUCUUGUACACUGGCCUAAGUAUGGAGCAGAAGAAUACUACUUGGAAAUUGGUACAAAGGAGCAGGCAGUUGGUCAGCACUUGAAGAAAGAGCGCUUUGUCUUCAUGACUCAGACCCUACCGCAGAAGAUCCAACAAUAUAAAAAGGAGCACACACCUGAAGUCCACACAAAGCUGGGCAGCCUGAGGGGUGAGUAUGUGAGCGUAAAGGGGAAGGAGACUGGGGUCCACGCCUACCUGGGUGUUCCAUUUGCCAAGCCACCUGUAGGCCCUGCUCUGAGACUGGCUGCACCUCAGCCUGUAGAGGGAUGGGAAGGAGUGAGGGACGCCACCAAGCAGCCGCUUAUGUGUGUUCAACAUAAACAGUUUACCAUAGAUCUGCUUGAUAAACUCGGUGACAUGUUGGUAGAAAUCCCAGACAUUUCAGAAGACUGCCUUUACCUCAACAUUUAUACUCCAGCAAACAGAGCUCCCAAUGCCAAACUACCAGUUAUGGUCUGGAUCCAUGGUGGAGGGUUUGGUAUGGGGUCAGCUUCAAUGUUUGAUGGCUCUGCCCUGGCUGCAUACCAGGAUGUUGUUGUGGUUCUGAUCCAGUACCGCUUGGGACUUCUUGGCUUUCUCAGCACCGCAGAUGAACACAUGCCCGGGAACUUUGGUCUGCUGGACCAGGUACAAGCUCUGAGGUGGACCCAGGAGCACAUUCACAACUUUGGAGGAGACCCAGAUUUAGUUACCAUAUUUGGGGAGUCUGCUGGUGGAGUGAGUGUAUCCCUUCUGCUUCUCUCUCCAUUGUCUGAUGGCCUGUUUCACCAUGCCAUUGCUGAGAGUGGCACUGCUGCAAUGGAUAUGCUCACUACAAAUGAUCCUCUACCGGUCACGCAGAUGGUAGCAAAUAUGUCUGGCUGUAGCCUCGAAAGCACAGAGAAGAUCGCCGAUUGCAUGAGAGACCUCGAUAUUAAUACUAUUGUUGCUUUUGGGCAGGAUGAAAGAUUGAGAUUUCUCAUAAAUGUUGAUGGACACUUCCUGAGAAAAUCUGUGGAUGAGCUGUUCCAUAAGCAUGAACUUCUCACCAUGCCAUUUAUGACUGGCGUUAAUAGUGAUGAAGGGGGCUGGUUACUUGCUGGUAUCUUUGCUCCUCCAAACUGGACAGAGGGAAUGGAUCGGGAGCAGAUUGUGAACGCUAUUUCCAUGUUCUACCCUGAUCCCAAAGAUGCGGUCAUCAGAGAUUUGAUAGUGGAUGAAUAUACCGGAACCGGUGAAGAUCGUGUGAAAAAUAGAAAAGGGUUCACUGAGUUGAUUGGAGAUAUAUUGUUCAACAUUCCAGCCAUUAAGACUGCUAAUGUCCACACAGAUGCAGGCGCCCCUGUGUACCUGUAUGAAUACCAUCAUCCUCCCACAUUCUCACAGUCAAAAAGGCCAAGUUUUGUUGGGAGUGACCAUGGAGAUGAAAUCUUUACUGUAUUUGGAAUCUGCUUCACAACUUCCCAUGUCAAAUUAGCCAGUGCAUGUCCUGAAGAGGAGGAGCAGUUGAGCAGAGUUGUUAUGAGCUACUGGGGCAACUUCGCUCACACAGGGUCUCCUAAUGGGAACGGUCUUGUACACUGGCCUAAGUAUGGAGCAGAAGAAUACUACUUGAAAAUUGGUACAAAGGAGCAGGCAGUUGGUCAGCACUUGAAGAACGACCACUUUGUCUUCAUGACUCAGACCCUACCGCAGAAGAUUCAACAAUAUAAAAAGGAGCACAGCGAGUUGUAGAACAGUCACUUCCUCUUUUCAUAUUAUUUUUUUUUUAAUGAUUCCAUUUUAAACCACAAACAAGUCAACCAGAAAUGCAUUAGACAUACUGUGAAAUCAUUGUUAAACAUAAUGUGAUAACAAUAUUGUAAUAAAUAUUCUAACAAA